ACAGUUAUUGAUGCUCCUGGACAUCGUGACUUUAUCAAAAACAUGAUUACUGGUACUUCUCAGGCUGAUUGUGCCGUCCUCAUUAUCGAUUCUACCACUGGAGAUUUUGAGGCUGGUAUCUCAAAGGAUGGUCAGACUCGUGAGCACGCUCUUCUUGCUUUCACCCUUGGUGUCAAGCAGAUGAUCCGUUGUUGUAACAAGAUGGAAGCCACCACCCCCAAGUACUCAAAGGCUAGGUACGAUGAAAUUGUGAAGGAGGUCUCAUCUUACUUAAAGAAGGUUGGAUACAACCCAGACAAACUUGCCUUUGUUCUCAUCUCUGGAUUCGUGGGAGACAACAUGAUUGAGAGGUCCACCAACCUUGACUGGUACAAGGGACCAACUCUCCUUGAGGCUCUUGACAAUAUCUCUGAGCCAAAGGGACCCUCAGACAAGCCCCUUCGUCUUCCACUUCAGGAUGUUUACAAGAUUGGAGGUAUUGGAACUGUGCCAGUGGGACGUGUUGAAACUGGAUUCAUCAAGCCUGGUGGUUGUUACCUUUGGACCCACCGGGUUGACCACUGAAGUUAAGUCUGUGGAGAUGCACCACGAAGCCCUUCAAGAA